CUGGCCGCCGCCGUCACGCACCGCCUCCGGCACAUCCAGGGCGGGGAGGAGCUCGCUCUCGCCCUGCCUGCCCGCGCGCAAGCUUCAAGGCUAGAGUUUCCCAUAAAUAGCUAGAUGGCUCAAGCUGCAAGGCUGAAUCUAAGAAUGCAGAAAGAGAUUAAACUUCUGCUAAGUGAUCCACCUCCUGGGGUUUCUCUUAAGCUGUCCGACGAGGGAAGUGCCUUGCCGUCUUUAUCAAGCAUUGAGACCAGAAUUGAGGGGCCUGAGGGAACAGUUUAUUCAAAAGGAGUUUUCGUUCUGAAGAUCCAGAUUCCUGAGAGAUAUCCUUUUCAACCUCCCAAUGUGACUUUUGUUACACCCAUCUAUCACCCCAACAUCGACAAUGGAGGACGCAUUUGCCUUGAUAUUCUAAAUUUACCUCCAAAGGGUGCCUGGCAACCAUCACUCAACAUUUCUACUAUUUUGAGAAGCAUUGGUUUGCUGCUAACUGAGCCAAAUCCUGAUGACGGGCUCAUGGCUGAAAUAAGUCGAGAGUAUAAAUACAACAGACAAGUUUUUGACUUAAAUGCUCAAUCAUGGACUGAGAAGUAUGCUAAUCCUACAGUAGUUGGCACAAGUGGUUGGAGCUCUUUAGAUGCUUCAGUUCAGGCACAGAACAUGCAAAUGGAUAACACACAGAAGCUGGAACCUUUGCCGGUAGUUCCUAAUAAAGAUUGUGAAGGGAGUCGAAAGAAGAUGCGGUUACUGGGUAAAAAGUUAUCACUAAAAUCAGAAGGAUCUGAAGAGAAUGCCAUUACUCUUAAGCAGGAUGCGGUGGCAGGCCACUUGCGGUCGACGGCAGUAUCCACUGUUCCUACUACAUGCUUGUCUCAUGUUUCUGUCAGACAGAAUCCUACUUCUGAAAGCAUUUCUGCCAGUGCCGACAGUGGAGUAAUGUCUCAUAUUUCUGUCAGACAGAAUCCUACUUCUGAAAGCAUUUCUGCCAGUGCCGUCAGUGGAGUAAUUUCAAAGAAACGAUACGAAGUAAACAGAGCAAACUUCCAGUUACAUCGACAGAGACCUUCUGUUACAUUAGAGGCUCCAAAUAGUGGCAGUGUGGAAGGCAAGUUCCCCAAUCAUCUUCCAGUAUCAGCAUCUGAUACUAAAGAUCAUGUCAAGCAACCUUCUGAUGAUGUCUUAGUGAAGAGUAUGACAAAAAGCAUUGGUGAAGAAGAUGUUUCAAAGCAAAUUUUUAUUGGAUGUGCUGAUCUGGUUCAAGAUAAGUCUCAUACCGACCAUGUACUUUCUAAAACCCAGUCAGUAAUGAAUAAAGAAUGCAACCAAGGCCGAAAGAAGCUGAGCUUACUAAGUAAGAGGUUGUCACUGAAAUCUGAGCUGUCUGAGAAGGACAGGGCAAGUGACAAGGGAUAUAAGCCACCUGAUUGUUCACAGGAUGAUAGGAAGUCUAGUGAACUGCCAUUGUCAGGUCCAGUCCCCAUAAGCCGAACGAGGGACCUAGGCUUUGUUGAUUCACAGAAAAGUGUCGGCCAAAGCAAUUGUUCCGUCAAACGGAAUGCAACAUCCAUGAAGAAUGUUGUUGUUUCAGACAGUGAAGAUAGCACAGACGAAUGUCAUAUCAUUGAACCAGGCCUUGUUGAAUCACACAAAAGCGUCAGUCAAAACAAUUGUUCGACCAAACAAAUUGUAAAGCUGAUGGAGAUUGUUUCAGAUAGCGAAGAUAGCGCAGAUGAACGUGAAAAAAGACCUUCAAGAUCAAGGUUAUCGUUGAUGAAGAGGCGGUUGGCUGGAAAGCUUCGAAGUUAAUUUCAUCCGAUAACCGUGACUUCAUUGGAUGCUGUCAUGUAGAGGCUUUGCAGAUGAAGUUGUCCCGUUAGUAAUCAGGGUGUUUUUUGGGUAGCUCUUGCAUGUUUUGAUGUUUAUAUUGCCGUAUGACGUGGUGACUGUUGUGGUUGUUUUAUGAGCUGUGUUAUGAGCUAGUCCCAUUGUAAGCAACUCUGUUUCUGUACUUUUAUGCCUGGUCACAGUGUAAAAAGAAACAAACAAGAAAGUAACGUGCUUUCUUUUUAUGUCAUAUAAUGCUUACUUUCUUUCUUAAAA